AUGACUCCAUUUCGUGUCCCGGCGCCCGCCGGCGUGCUCUGCUCAGCCAUACUGCUGCUAACUGCUGGCGUCCUUGCCACACACGCCACAAACGCCACGCCGUCGCCGUCGUCGUGCGAGCCGGCGACGUGCGGGGGCCUGCGCAUCGAGUACCCGUUCUGGCUCGGCGGCACGCACCCGCCAGAGUGCGGCUACCGGGCCUUCCAGGUCAGCUGCCACAGCAACGGCACGGCCUCCCUCAAGAACUCCAUCUGGACGUACAAGAUCCUGGACAUCUCCUAUGAGGACAGCUCGUUCCGGGUCACCAACGUCGAGCUCUCACACAGCACCUGCGACGCCAAGCUCCAAGUCAACGUCUCCUCCGACCUUGGCCUCGCGCCCUUCAGCAUCAGCGCCGCCAACCGGGAGCUCUUCUUCCUGUACGACUGCAUCGACCUGCAGGCGGCGCAGCAGCCACCUACGCAAUGGGCGCCCUUGAACUACGACAGCAACUCGUUCGCGUGGCUUGCCGGGGGUUACAAGCUCGACGACAAAUGGCCGCUGGUGCCGGGGAACUGCUCGGUGUCGAUGAUGGCGCCGGUGAUGGGGUACCCGGGGGCGACCGCGGCGAACUACCACAAGCUGAUGGAGCGCGGGUUUCGUCUCGAGUACACGGCCGGCGAGUGCACAGCGUGCAGGGACACCGGUGGGCUUUGCCGGAUCAACACCACCUACGACAUCUUCGAUUGCCAAUGUCCCAGCGGCAUGUCUGACGGCCCCUUAAUCUGCGGUGAUGAAUUCAUCAUCCCCGCAGAAAAAGGUAAUCGAUUCAGCUCGUUUUUACCUCUUUAA